CUCUCCGGACAUAUCCUAAAAAAUGCCAAAUAAUUUUCUCUGCGGCGUUUUUGCUACUUUUAUCAGUAAUUUGGAAAAAAAUAAUACCAAUUAGAAACUCGAAAUAUCACAAUAUAUUUAUAUUUGAAAAUAGUACGAAACGUAAUAAGGGUAAAAAGACAGUGAGAACUUUAUAUUUUAUUGUUUACUGAGAAAAUGCCACAACCCCGGAUUGGGAAUCGCCGAGAUAACGGUAGAGGAGGUGCUGGUAAUAGUGGCGGAGGUAGUAAUAUGCGAGAUGGUGGGCGAAGCAGAGGUGGUGGAGGUGGUGGCAGAGGACGCGAUGAUGGUAUACGUUCCGGGCGUGUAGAGAAGCGGUUUGAUGAUCGUGGUCGUCGGGGUGGCACUGUAGGAGGUGGUAGCAACAGCAACAAUGAUUUUGCCGGACUACGCACCAUAAAUUGGUCAGACAUGCGCCUGCCGCCCUUCCAGAAAAACUUCUACCAAGAACACUCAAAAACCCGCAAUCGUCCUCCACAAGAAGUAGAAAGAUAUCGCGCCGCUCAUCAGAUAACAGUUCGUGGUCCAGCACCCAAUCCCAUACAGUACUUCGACGAAGCUUGCUUCCCCGAUUAUUGCCUACACGAAAUUAGACAUCAGCGAUAUACGGAACCAACGCCAAUACAAGCACAAUCAUGGCCAAUCGCAAUGAGCGGGAGCAAUCUCGUCGGUAUCGCUAAGACUGGUUCUGGAAAAACUCUUGCUUUCAUUCUACCCGCUAUAGUACACAUAAAUAAUCAAACGCCACUGCAACGCGGUGAUGGACCUAUCGCGUUAGUUUUGGCACCAACGCGAGAAUUGGCACAGCAGAUACAAACCGUGGCAAAUGAUUUUGGCUCGAGUGUUUAUGUGCGUAACACUUGUAUAUUUGGCGGUACACCAAAGGGGAAACAAGCAAAUGAUUUAGAGCGCGGUGUUGAAAUUGUAAUUGCUACGCCCGGUAGAUUGCUAGAUUUUCUAUCAAAUGGCGUAACAAAUUUGCGUCGCUGCACUUAUCUGGUAUUAGAUGAAGCAGAUCGAAUGUUGGAUAUGGGAUUUGAGCCGCAAAUACGAAAAAUUCUCGGACAAAUAAGGCCCGAUAGACAGAUACUUAUGUGGAGUGCAACAUGGCCAAAAGAGGUGCGACAACUUGCUGAAGACUUCCUCGGAUCAUAUAUACAGGUCAACAUAGGCUCAUUGGAGUUAUCUGCCAAUCACAAUAUACGACAAUAUGUGGACGUAUGCAAUGAGCAUGAUAAAGGUGCAAAAUUAAAAGAUUUACUCUCUCACAUAUAUGAUCAGUCGCACUCGCCGGGUAAAAUUAUAAUUUUUGUUGCAACGAAGAAAAAAGUUGAUGAACUAUCGCGCUUUAUCAAUGGGUUCGGUGUACGUGUCGGCUCCAUACAUGGCGAUAAAUCGCAGAUCGAUCGUGACAAUGUCUUGGCAGAGUUUCGUAGCGGUCGUGCAAAUAUCUUGGUGGCAACCGAUGUAGCCGCGCGAGGUUUGGAUGUGGACGGCAUCAAGUAUGUCAUCAACUUUGAUUUUCCACAAUCGUCCGAAGACUAUAUCCAUCGAAUAGGUCGUACCGGACGCAAACAUUCCACGGGUACAUCAUAUGCAUUUUUCACACGAAAGAACGCCAAAUGUGCUCGAGCCUUGAUUGAUAUACUGCGUGAGGCCAAUCAAAAUGUCAAUCCCGAAUUAGAGUAUAUAGCGCGAAGUGCUGGCUCAAGUGGUGGUCGUAGUCGUGGUGGACGUGGCGGAAAUGGUAAUAGUGGUAGCAGCAGCAUGGGAUAUAAGCGGCGUGGUGGUGGAAACGUAUUUAGCUCUGGCGGCGGCAUGAGUGGAAAUUCUGGUUCAGGCUCGGCGUCUGGCUACGGCAAUGGCUAUCGUGGUGGAAAUGUCGGGGGGUAUAGUAAUAAUAGCACUGCUAGUGGUAACUAUUCGAAUGGCGGUUUGAGAUCGCGUAACUACAAUUCACGGCAUUAAAUGCAGGAUGAACUCGGCCAGCAAGCUAAGAAGCUUUGUUUCGAAUUAAAUGAAUAUAAACAUUUAAAGCAUGAAUUUUCCAUAAUAUCGUUUUCGAAUUUCGCAACGUUUCAUUAAGCAAAGAAUUUUUGGAAUUGGCAUAUAAGGUUACAUGGUGGAAGUCAGUUAAAACCUUAACUUUGGAUGAAAUGCUGCUAUGCAUUGAAUGAGUGCUCAUGGCGCAUUGUACAUAUAUACCUUGCCAGAGUCCCCCAACUUUGAUCAUAAGGAAAAUUAAUUUUCGAAUUGAUAAAAUUUUGCACACAUACAUUGACCGAGUGAGUGAAGGUUAAUUUUAUUGCGGUAAAUAUUUGGCAUUCACAUAAGGCAAACAGAAGUAAAUGAAAAUACUGCUUUGUAUAAAAAAAAAACAAGAGAUGUGGAUGGAUCAAUCAAUGUGUACAAUCUCAUUUUAAAUACAUAUGUAUGUACAUAUACAUAUCAGUAUGAACUGUAAUUAUACUAAACAAUUAUUAAAAAAUGAAUUGAUGAAUCAAUAUAAAGUUAUAACAGCAAAAUCAAGACAGAAAAGAGAAUAAAAUAAAGUUUUAUUAUUUUUAUUAUUAUU